AUGCCGGCACCCCGCAAAUUCCUCUUGGCGUCCACGUCGCUGCCUCUGCAGCUGGACUGGGGCUGGAACGUGAGCGUGUACCUGGCGAUGCUGAUGGGGCUGCUGGGGCUCAUCAUGCUGCUACUCUGGAUGCUCAUGAAGCAGCUGCGCCACUCAGUGGGCAAAGCCACUUUGCAGCUGGCCAGGUCCUUCCGACAGACACCCACUAACAUCGCCAUCGCCGCCGUCUCGGAUCAGGAGCUCCGUGUGAUCUGUUCUCAAACAUCGCAAACCAACAUGGCAUAUCGAGGCAGUGUUCGACCUUUCGUCAAUUUUAAUGCAAAACACGACGCUGAGAUCCUCCACCGAGCCAUGAAAGGACUCGGGACGGACGAAGACGUGGUUCUCAUGCUUCUGGCGGCGCGCAGCAACGAUCAGCGGCAGCAAAUAAAGGCAGCUUACAAAACAACUUAUGGAAAGGAUCUGAUCGCCGCUCUCAAGUCGGAGCUUGGAGGUUCUUUUGAGAGUCUCAUUGUGGCCCUGAUGACGCCGCCUGUCUUGUACGAUGCUGUGCUUCUGCACAAAGCGAUCAAGGGCGUCGGGACUGACGAUGACGUGCUGAUUGAAAUCUUGGCCUCCAGGAGCAGACCACGCCUUAGAGACAUCGUUAAAGUCUACGAGAAAGAGUUCGGCAGCAAACUGGAGAAAGACAUCUGCAGCGACACUUCGGGUUACUACCAGAGGCUCCUUGUUAUCCUCUUGCAGGGAAGCAGGGAGGACGGAGUCGAUGAGGCAAAUAUCGAGAAAGAUGCCAAGGACUUGUACGUGGCUGGCGAGGGCAAAUUUGGCACAGAUGAAGAGAAAUUCAUCACCAUUCUUGGAAAUAGGAGUGCAGAACAUCUCUGCAAAGUGUUUGCCGUCUACCAAAAGUUGUAUGGUUGUGAAAUGGAGGCCAGUAUUGAAGGCGAGACCACCGGAAACCUGGAGAACUUGCUGCUCGCCGUCGUCAAAUGUGCCCGCAGUGUUCCGUCUUAUUUUGCUGAGACGCUGUACAGAUCCAUGAGGCGUGCCGGGACAGACGACGCCACACUUGUCAGGGUGCUGGUGUCACGCAGUGAGGAGGACAUGCUGGACAUCGCUGCUUGUUUCAAGCGCAAAUACGGCAAUUCACUCUACGAAACCGUUAAGGAGGACACGUCCGGUGACUACCAGAAGUGUUUGCUUUACCUUUGCGGCCCCAGAGAUUGA